UAUUUCCCAAUGUCCAAACAUUUUCUACUACGUUUUUCAUUAUCCAAACAAAGAAAUGGCGUGGCCAUUGCUCUCAGUCUCAGGUUGUUACUGUCUUGGCCUCUCACAACUUCAUGUUAGUAUCCAAAGAGUGAGAGGUCAAUAUUAUAGUGAAAUCAUACAUCCAUCUGUUCAUCAAUGUCUAUUUUCUGGCAAUAGAAUUAGAACAAGAUUCCCGGUUUUAAAUGCUCAAAGCAAUGGAGACUACGGCUCUGAGCAGUUAAUUGAAGAUCUUAGGGUUCCUCAACAAUGGCUACAACCGUACAAAGCCUUGGAGGAAUCUGAAUGGUUGCAAACUGCUCUUAACAAGUGGUUGGAUGAUGAAUAUUGUCCAGAGGAAACAAAUAUUGAGAUCAGCAAAGUUGCUGCAAGUUCAUUCUACAGAUCAUUACUGGAAAACAAAACUGACAUAGGUGAGAUACUGCUAAAAAUGGCUGGAGAUUUGGAAUCCAUAUCAUAUCAAGAAAGCUUUCAUGGAGCAUUCUCAUCAGCAAAUGCAGCAGUGAAUCUUAUAAUCCAACGUCUUGAACAAAACUAAUCAUUUGGCUUCAGUAAAAAGUUUGGAACUCUCGGACUUCCUUGUGCACACACCUUAAUUUUUCUUUGACUUGCAUUUAGAAUUUAUCCUUUAAUAGUGUAGUAAGAGUACAUUAUGAUUAAGAGAAACAUGCUUACACCAAUAAGGUUAGAAAGGCCUAUGGCUUAAUAGCUUGAGUUUUAGUAUGUAAAGUAAUGAAAGAAGUUAAGAUGUGUGUUAGUCAUCUCAAAACAA